AAAGGAACGGAAUUUCCGGAGUCCGCGCAGCCAAUGAGCGUAUUCCACAUGCGGCCAGCGAGAGCGGUGCACGCGGAUCAGGAGAGCGGCGGAGCGAAGACAUGCGAUUGGUGCUGAUGGUGCAAGAGCAACGAACACCGGCAGUAUAACGUUACCGCCGUUCACGGGAUCCAGCAGAAGAUUGUUAGGACUCUAGACUGUUUGGGACUCAGACUUAACACUCCAGGGAUCGUACGAAGGACAAAAAAAACUAAGAAAGCGAGUUAAUGAUGUUGGUUAGAUAUGUUUUGUUGAAUUAACUUAGUCAGUUUUCCCUUUUAAGCGCGUUCAUCGCUCACCGUUAUAUUUAACGUCACUACAUUUUGCUCAAGUUUUUCGAGGGUCCAAAGGUCUUGGGGUUGAGGGAAAAGGCUUAAAAGAAGCCCGAUUGGUGAGGUUGAGAGUCCGAUCGUCACCAGGGUGUUCGUCCGUCCACGAUGGAUAACGCGCACACGAAAACGGUGGAGGAAGUUUACAGUUAUUUCAGCGUAAACGAGAGCACCGGACUCGGUCUGGAACAAGUGAAGCGACAGAAGGAGAAAUGGGGAACGAACGAAUUACCUGCGGAAGAAGGAAAAUCUUUGUGGGAGUUGGUGGUGGAGCAAUUUGAAGAUCUUCUAGUCAGGAUUCUUCUCCUGGCUGCUUGCAUUUCAUUUGUACUGGCUUGGUUUGAAGAGGGAGAAGAGACCAUCACCGCAUUCGUGGAGCCUUUUGUAAUAUUGCUAAUUCUCAUAGCCAACGCUAUUGUAGGUGUUUGGCAGGAGAGAAAUGCUGAAAAUGCCAUCGAAGCCCUCAAGGAGUACGAGCCAGAGAUGGGCAAGGUGUAUCGCCACGACAGAAAAACCGUGCAGAGGAUCAAAGCCAGGGAUAUCGUUCCCGGGGAUAUUGUGGAAGUUGCCGUGGGUGACAAAGUUCCUGCUGACAUUCGCUUGACUUCAAUCAAGUCGACGACCCUGAGGGUGGACCAGUCUAUUCUAACAGGAGAAUCUGUGUCUGUGAUCAAGCAUACAGACCCUGUCCCUGACCCUCGUGCUGUGAACCAGGACAAAAAGAACAUGCUCUUCUCUGGUACAAACAUCGCUGCUGGCAAGGCUGUCGGCGUAGUGAUUGCUACUGGAGUGAACACUGAGAUCGGAAAAAUCCGUGACGAGAUGGUAUCCACGGAGCAGGAACGCACGCCGCUGCAGCAGAAACUGGACGAGUUCGGCCAGCAGCUCUCCAAGGUCAUCACGCUCAUCUGCAUCGCCGUGUGGAUCAUCAACAUCGGACACUUCAACGACCCAGUUCACGGCGGCUCUUGGAUACGCGGGGCCGUGUACUAUUUCAAGAUCGCCGUCGCGCUGGCUGUGGCCGCCAUCCCAGAAGGCCUGCCCGCCGUCAUUACCACGUGCCUGGCUCUGGGGACCCGUCGAAUGGCCAAGAAGAACGCCAUCGUGCGAUCUUUGCCCUCCGUGGAGACCCUGGGCUGCACUUCUGUCAUCUGCUCUGAUAAGACCGGAACACUAACCACCAAUCAGAUGUCUGUCUGCAGGAUGGUUAUUGUAGAUCAAGCCAAUGGUAACAGCUGCUCUUUGAAAGAGUUCACCAUUACUGGAUCUACAUACGCCCCCGAAGGACAAGUGUUUCAUGAGGAUAAACCAGUGAAAUGCUCCCAGUAUGAUGCUCUGGUUGAAAUAGCCUCCAUCUGUGCUUUGUGCAAUGACUCCUCUCUGGAUUAUAAUGAGGCCAAAGGUGUGUACGAGAAGGUGGGAGAAGCCACGGAGACCGCCCUCACAUGUCUGGUGGAGAAAAUGAACGUGUUUGACACAGAUCUGAAGGGUCUUUCCAAGGUUGAGCGAGCGAACGCAUGCAAUUCGGUCAUCAAGCAGCUGAUGAAGAAAGAACUCACUCUUGAGUUCUCAAGAGACAGGAAGUCCAUGUCUGUGUACUGCACUCCUAACAAAGCUCGUUCCUCUAUGGGCAAAAUGUUUGUUAAGGGGGCUCCGGAGGGAGUGAUUGACAGAUGCACGCACAUCCGAGUGGGUGGGGACAAAGUUCCUUUGACAGCAGGUAUUAAAGAGAAGAUCCUGUCUGUGAUCCGUGAGUAUGGCUCAGGACGUGACACACUACGAUGUCUAGCUCUGGCCACCAGAGACAAUCCCCAGAGUAAAGAAAGUUUGGUGUUGGAGGAGUCGAGCCGUUUCAUUGAGUAUGAGACGGAUCUGACUUUCGUGGGAUGUGUGGGCAUGCUGGACCCCCCCAGAGCUGAGGUAGCAGCGUCCAUCAAACUGUGUCGUCAGGCGGGCAUCAGAGUGAUCAUGAUCACCGGUGACAACAAGGGCACAGCUGUCGCCAUCUGCAGACGCAUCGGCAUCUUUGGUGAUGAAGACGACGUAUCACGCAUGGCAUACACCGGCCGAGAGUUCGACGACCUUUCUCCUGCUGCCCAGGGUGAGGCGGUGCUCAACGGCCGUUGCUUCGCCCGAGUCGAACCCUCCCACAAAUCCAAGAUAGUGGAGUUCCUACAGUCGUAUGAUGAGAUCACUGCCAUGACUGGAGAUGGUGUGAAUGAUGCACCUGCUCUGAAGAAGGCUGAAAUCGGCAUCGCUAUGGGAUCAGGCACGGCGGUGGCCAAGACGGCCUCUGAGAUGGUGCUUGCCGAUGAUAACUUCUCUACCAUUGUGGCCGCUGUGGAGGAAGGUCGUGCCAUUUACAAUAACAUGAAACAGUUCAUCCGCUACCUCAUCUCUUCAAAUGUCGGAGAGGUGGUCUGUAUUUUCUUAACAGCGGCUCUGGGUUUCCCCGAGGCUCUGAUCCCAGUUCAGCUUCUGUGGGUUAAUCUGGUGACUGAUGGGCUGCCUGCUACCGCACUGGGCUUCAACCCACCCGACCUGGACAUCAUGAGCAAACCCCCCCGAAAUGCCAGAGAGCCCCUCAUCUCCGGCUGGCUGUUCUUCAGAUAUCUUGCGAUUGGCUGUUAUGUUGGUGCUGCUACUGUGGGUGCUGCUGCGUGGUGGUUUGUCGCUGCUGAAGACGGGCCCAGGGUCACAUUCUACCACCUGAGCCACUUCCUUCAGUGCGGUCCAGACAACCCUGAGUUUGCGGGCGUAAAGUGUGAAGUCUUUGAGUCUCCCUAUCCAAUGACAAUGGCUCUGUCUGUAUUGGUCACCAUUGAGAUGUGCAACGCACUCAACAGCGUUUCCGAGAACCAGUCCCUGCUUCGUAUGCCUCCCUGGGAAAACGUGUGGCUGCUGGGAGCCAUCUGUCUGUCCAUGUCCCUCCACUUCCUCAUCCUUUAUGUAGAGCCCCUGCCGGUGAUCUUUCAGAUCACCCCACUGAACUUGACCCAGUGGCUUAUGGUGCUGAAGAUCUCCCUGCCAGUCAUCUUGCUGGACGAGGUGCUCAAGUUCGCUGCCAGAAAUUACCUGGAGCCCCUCAAAGACCUGGACAAGCCCACGGGCAGGUCCUGCUCGCUCAGCACCUGCACAGACGGCAUCUCCUGGCCCUUCGUAGCUCUCUCACUCCCCCUGGUGCUGUGGAUCUACAGCACCGACACUAACUUGGCCGAGAUGUUCUGGUCUUGACUGAAAUGAGCACAAAGAGCACACUAUGUGUGUACACGUGUGCCGUAUGCGUGGUUGUGCGUUUAAAGUGUGCCUCUGAAGCAGUGAAUGUGUAUAGGAUGAAAUUAACACACGCAUAACAGUAACAUAGAAUAGCCAUUUUUAACGUUUUUUUUGGUGAGGAAUAAGCAGAUCACGCAGAUCUGAAGUCUUUGAGUAUAAGUGACCGUUAAUGUUCCUAGAUCAUUUGGGGAAUUCCAGCAUUCCAACAGUUUUUUUUUCACAUUUUCUUUUAAAUUAAUCAUUUUGUCUCAAUGAUAACUCAUUUCAAACCAGUAUGGUCAUUCCGCUUUGUGCCCCGCCGUAUCAUGUGUUCAUUGUGUACAAACACUAUUUUAUGCAAUUUUUUGUUUUUGUUUCUGCUUCCAUUUGUUUGUAACAGAGUGAAGUAGGGUAGAGUGGAAAGGGAGAAAGAGAGGGAGAAUAGGACAGAAGGACUGUUUACUAAUGUUUACCUUGUGUCUUCGGCGUCAAUGUCAUUCAGAGCCAACGGACAAGCAUGGUGUUGCAAAGCAGCAUGGGAAAGAGAGUGUGGGACUGAAUGGUUAAAUGCUACAAGGUCAAAUCCCAGGAUAAAAGCUGCAUGUUGUGUACUUGCAUGCAUUGUGUGGGUUUACAUUUAUGAUUUGUUGCUGUAAGUAAUUUCAUUAGUUUUUCACUAUUAACCUACCCCACACUUUCGAUUAGUAAAGCCGGUUUUUCUGCACUAGGCAGAGCACAGCUACCUCAGGACUGUCAGAAUAGACUCUCUGGUUGCUUUUUCCACUUAGAUUUACACACGGCUUGUACACAUUAGACAUCGACUGCAUGAGGUGUGCCUCUAUUUGGCUUGUGAUAACAAAAAAAAACUCAUUCCAUUGGCCCUAACUAAUGUUUUAAGUUUUUUUUUUUCAUUGUAUUUUAUAAUUGAAUGACUUGCAUUAACUUAAUUUGGGUUUUUUCUUUUUGAGAUGGGCUGGGGUGGGUUUGGAAUUAAGAUGUAAAUGUUACCGUUAUGGGUGGGCGGGACUGAGUCAAAGGAGUAGAAAAUUUAACAAGCAAAGGUGUAGGUGUUGCAUUCAAAAAGUGAAUUUUACGAUGCAAAACCAAAAUGUUUCACACAACCUUUUUUCUACUUUUAAGAAAAUACACUCAUAUGAACUAUUGAAUUAAAAUGUCUUAAUGUCUUCAUUUUGCAAACUAUUCUUUCUGUUCUGUUUUCUUUUUGCGAGAUGCAACACAUCAAGUUUUAAAGGCAAAUAUACUUGAAUAAUGAAAUUUUAUGUACAGAGCUGAGCACAAGAUUGACAGCUGGGAGCAGCUUCCUUGUGAAGCUGCAUCUUUUUGCCCCCACCAGAGCCAUUGAGAGAGAGAGUCGUGGCAACAGAACUUCAAAAUGUUUAUGCGUCAAGUGAUUCAUGGAGCCUUCUGAUAGUUCCGGGAAGUUAAAUCCUUUAAUUCUUUCAUAUUUUUCAUUCAUUAUAUGACUUGCAUCUUAAAAUGUGGUAAACGUUUGUCACAAUCGGUCUGUUUAGCAGCUCCAUGCGUUACUACUAUUCCGGAAACCACCGCCAUUUGUGUAAAAAACUGUUCCAUUGGAGUCAAUGGAGUUGACGUUACUCUCUCUCAAUGUCUAUGGCCCCCACCAGCCAGUCUGGUGGAGGGGCCUGUAUAUUUGAACACAGCACAAUUACCAAACGGUACAAAGUACGUUUGCAACAUUUAGAUGUACAUGGCAUUAUAUUAAUCGCUUGCUUGCUGUAAUGGAUGCAUGUCUCUGACUUUGCCCUCACUGUGGUUUUGUCAAGUUUCAUGUAACAGCCAUACACUUUUACUAUAAAUGCCUUCGUGGGCCUCUAUCCCUAAGUCGAUCGUAACACAUUCCUCCACUUGGCCCUUUCCCCCAAUAAAUGUCCUGAAGCCUUGCAUUUUCUGAUAUUUGCUUUAUUGGACCAACCAAUACAAAUCGAGGCUACAUUUAUCUAAAGUAAUCAUAUUGGCUUGAGAAAACAUUCCACUUAGUAUAUAUAACUGAAAUAUGUAAUUCUUAAAGUGUAGUAUAAACAUUUGUUGGUCAGAUUAUCUUUUAGUUGUUUCCUAAAUCCCAAAUUAAUACUGUGUCUGAAAGGCAAUGAAGUUAGUUUUCAUCAUUAGGUUUUUAUCACAUUGGUCCGUACACUGUGGUCUGGUUUGCUCAGGAACUAAAUUCGGAUGUUGCUGUUAAAAAGAAGCUAAUCGAAACUCAUGCUAUAAAUAUAAAACCUUUUUUUUAAUCGUUAAACCAUUCUGACAAUUAGUUUAAUGUGUUUAAUUAAAUGCUAAAUAUUUAUUUUAUAGUGCACUUUAGAGUUUUCAUUACCUUACAAAAUAUUUAAUAUUUUAUACAUAAAUUAUGUCUGUCUUUGGCAGUUCAGAUCGGUGUUCCUGCCCUUUUCUUGUGUUGGGAAACCUCGGACUUCUGUGUUGUGCAUGAUUUUUUUGGAGUAGCUUUGAGUUUUUGAACAUGCAUGUCAAUUGUGCAAACCUAGCCACCAUUGCAUUGAGGGUUCACAUAUAGGGGCAUUCCAUAAAAAUGGUGAGAUAAUAGUAGACUCGUAAUAAAGACGUAAUAAAUCAUAGACACAUUAGAAUACGUGUGUAUGGAAUUGAACUGUACCAUCAGUCCUCUACCCUGCAUGAUGACAUGUCUAACAUUGCGGAUGCGAGCAGAGUUUGCUGCAUUGUUUCUGUGUAAAUUGUCAUUGUUUUAUAUACAUGUACUAGUAUAAUGCAUGCCUUCAGUUGUAAUUAGCCAAAUAAUUUGAUCUAUAUUUCUAUAACAACUUGCUGUGUACAUUGCUGUUAAAUGGUAUACGAAUACACAUCAUUUUACAAAUAAAACUCGCCAGUUUAAUUUUA